GUGGGAACUUAAAAAGUGUCUUCGGCAAAAAGCUGGAGAAGGCAGAGCGUCAGACUGUUCCUGGCCUGCCGCACCGCAAACUGAAUUAAAAAGGGCUGACAGAGAACCCGCAUGAGGUGUUGCAGCGCUGCUGUCCCCCUCAGUCAGGCCAAGGUUUUAAGACUGCUGCGGGGGUACUAAAGAUGGGCCGUCGAGCCCGCCAAGACCUCUUUGCAGGUGAAAAACUCAGCACGAAGAAUUCCCCGUCUGCUUCUCUUGGAGAGGAUGAAGACCAUCAGGAAAAGGUUGACCAUGCUCCACCACCUAAACCCCCACGCCGGCAAGGAGGCUGGGCAGAUGAUCCUGUACAGGCACCUACCAAGUCAGGAAGAAAGCAUGCAGAAGAAAUAGAAGACCAUCGUCUCAAACAGCAGAGCCUGGAGGCAUCAGAUGAUGGAGGAGACAUUCCUGUGAUCCCUGACUUGGAGGAUGUCCAGGAGGAAGAUCUGGCCAUGCAAGUGGCAGCUCCCCCCAGUGUGCAGGUGAACCGAGUGCUGACCUACCAUGACCUGGACAAAGAUCUAAUGAAAUAUGCUGCCUUCCAGACUCUGGAUGGGGAAGUAGACCUGAAGCUCCUCACCAAAGUUUUGGCUCCAGAGCAUGAGCUACGAGAGGAUGAUGUCAGCUGGGAUUGGGACCAUCUCUUCACAGAGGUGUCAUCAGAACUAGUGACUGAGUGGGACCUGGGACAGUCGGAGAGGGAGGAACACCUCAGUCUCCCAUAGAGCUCUGACACACCAGAUGUCUCAUACAUCCAUCUCCUGUAAAUAGUUAAGCACUUAAAUUUUCUAUUCACUUGUUUGUAUUUGAGAAUUUAUUUCAGACAUGAAAAUAAAUAGGACCUUGCUUCAUAGAAAAAUUGUCUUGGGAGAAGUUUUGGUUAUUUUUUAAUAAGAAUUUUUGUUCUCAAAAUAAAUUAAGAAUUCUAAACACAAUAAAAUAUUUACUUAUAAAGAGUCAUUCCACCUCAAUAGCACCUCUACAGAUAACUGCAAUGGUUGAUCUUUUCUCUAUGGAAAUGCUGCCUCUCUGGAGUGGACCAUCAUACAAUGGAGUGUGGUUUGCACUGAUGGCUAUCAGAGAAGCUUGGGCUGAUACUACUUGUUUUCAUAGGACAUCCAGGUUACCAUCUUCCUCACAACAGACACCUCAAGUUGUCAGAAUAUCUGAUUUACAUUUCAUCCAGCAGCCUCAAGCCUUUCCUUGUUAGUUUAACCUCUCUCUUGGAACAUUACCUCUGUAUUGACUCAGGAUGCAGCACCACCUAUUAAACUGCCACUUCUUACAGCCCCUCUUUGAGGUUUCCCAGCUAAAUUUUGACCAGGCAUAACCUCACUUAGCUUUUGCAAUCACAUGAAACCACAGCCUGAAUGGAGAUCGCUUCAGGCAUAGGUACUUUGCAAGGAAAAUGUUUAUUCCAUGUGUGUGAAAGAAUGGAGGCUGAUGCUCUCCAAUAAGGUAGUUCCCUGGUGGGUGUCUCCUUGGAACCAAGUAACUCACUCUUAUUGUCAUCUUUCUAAAGAAAAACUCAUUUUGCUGUUAAUACCUUGUCCCUGUAGCACCGUGGUCAUUAUUUGCAGGAAACAGUAACAUUACUUCUAAACCAAUGUCCUUCGAAGCCUUGCCCUGUUGGAGAAUCUUGCUAUAUGCUUCUGGGGAGUGCAGGUGCUGAGAGGAAGCUUGCUGUGCUGCUUUUCUUUGCUUGUUUGGUUGGUCUAACAGAGCACUGCAUUCCCACUUUUGUGACAGCAGGACAGGUCAAAUAGCUCACUGUGAAUUCACUACUCUGCAGAAUUUCAGGUGAGAGCUGACAUGCCAAACAACUUUACCAACCAAAAAGAAGGAGUCGGACCCCAGUCUGGGGCCACAAAAAUAAUGAGAGGCUUAUCUGUCUUUUACAACCAAGACAUCUUUCCUAUAACUAGAAAAUUGAGUGAGGCAUAAGCUUGGGAGGCCAUUGUAUGGAAGAUAAUCCUAAAAUCUUUCUCUGAGCAGAAAAACCUGUUUUGGUAGGAGCAGAAACUUCACAGCUGAGCUAGCAUCUACUUUUCUGUGACACUUAUGAUUCCUGGCCAAAGAGAAUUUAGAAUGCUUUGUACAUCCCAGGGAAAAAAAAAUUGAUUCAGCAAACUAUAAUAGGUUACAACAAGCUAGUCUGAGAGGGAAAAAAAUGGGUGCUUUGAGCAGCUGGGGACCCUGGGCAGGGAUACUCUGUAGUGGGAAGCAGGUGUGUGGGGGCCAGGCCUGUGCCCAGUCUGGGACCUUGGUAACCCAGCAAACACCUGAGUAGAGCUGGAGAGAAGGGCUUGAAAAAAAAUGCCAGCCUCAUCUUUUUUAUGGCAGGAAGAGGUAUCUUUGAUUAUUUAGUCUGACCUGCUAUAAUAUAGGCCAUGGCAGAGUCCUGUGAGAGGGGGCUGAGGUUUGCCUGUCUUUUAGAAAGGCCGACAAUAUACUUAAAACUCUUUUCUGGUUACUUUUUAAUAGAUGUUUAGCCUUAUGGUUUAAAAUCUGCUUUAUUUCUAGACUCAGUUUUUGAGUUUCAUCUUUUGUUUCUUGAGCCUGCUUGCUUUCACCUUUCCACAACCACGCUGUCAGGUACUUUCUCCUUGCUUCGGUAUUUAUGUGCACUGGGAUCAAGUUGUCUCUUUAAUUUCCUUCAAUAAACUUAACAGACUGAGACUUGUUUCCAUGUCUCUUCCAUUCCUUGUGCAGCUGGAGGAAGGGAGGUGGGUGUUGGGCUCCUGGCCCUUCUCCAGUAAGCUGUUCCCACCCACCUUCCUUCCACAGUUGUGUUUUGGUUGCAGUGAUGGGAAGAUGAGUAAGUCCUGUUGCUUCCUCUUUCUCAGGUCCUGGUGCUGUUACACGCAUGUUACUGUCCUUGCUAAAGAGCAACAAUGAGCUGCUCUUUCAUGCCCAGGCUUGUUGUGCACCAGUGUGUAUUGGCUGUAUUGACAAAGCUGCCUCAGGAGCCCACAUUUCUGACAAGUCCUGUGGAAAGAGCAUGCAGGAGAGGAAAUGGCAGGUGUAACUUCUCCUUCUGGACUGCAAAGCAGUUGCUCUGGUUGAUCCUCAGAUGAGGUAAGAAGAGGGAGCAGUUGUCAAAACAGUGUCCCCAGUUUCUAGGAACUCAGAUCAGCCCUCUGGGCUGUGCCUGUCCAAGGCAUAGAGAAGUAUUCCCUUGCUGUUUCCACAGACCUUGUAUUGCAGAGGGGUAAUGCAAGGUACAGCGGUGUGCUUAGGGCCACACAAUGAAUCUUUGGCAGAAUCAGGGUUAGAAAUUAGGAACCUCAAGUUCCCAGUUCAAACAUGGCUUUCAUAUACCUGGCAAGCAUUUUCCAUCUUCAAUUCAAACAUGACAGUUCAACGUAGAGCAGUCUUGCUUAGUCUGUAUUCUGCUCUGUACUUACACUGCUGAGGAACAGAUGCAAACCCAUCAAGGUGUGUGUGUCAACAGCAUGUUUAGUCAGUGAGCUGGCAUGAGGUGUCUGCCCAGGGACUCGCUGGGAUUCUGGAUGGGUGUAAAUACCUACCUGCAGAUAGCUUCGGGCAGACUCUGAGUUCAAUAGAGCAAUACUGGGCAAAUGGUGAGCCUCAUCACAGAUAAAGUAAAAUAAGUGCAUAAAGGAAAAAUUAAAUCUAGGUUCUAUUGGUUUUAGAAAUCUCUGGUUUUGCUUGUAAUAAUACAUAUGAUAUUUAUAGGCUUUCAUGGUGGAGAUGCCUUACUAGAGAGCAGUUUGAUGGGGGAAUAUUGGGGCUGAGACAGCCUAGGAAACACUGGAAAAAAUGGAGGAAAUAAAAGCUGAAAAAAU